AUGCCUGCUCAACCCCAGGCCCUUACCAUGCUCUCCGAUCUGGCUGCUGGCCAAGCAGAAAAACCGAAUACCCCCGCCGAUCCCAGUUCGUCUCCGUCUGAGUUGGUUAAAUCCGAGUUUUCCGAAAAUCCGGGUGUGAGUUUUUCGGAACCAACCAAGGCAGCUGCUGAGGCCCGACCAGAGGAGUUGAGAACUACUCGACGCCGCCUUACAUUAUUAGGCGUAUUUGAUGGAUUUGUUGGUUGCAUGUUUGCCCUGACCCAGUACGUUGCCGGCGUAAUUAUUGAAAGGACUGGCUAUAAUAUUCAGCUCGGUAUCAUUAUUAGUGCCGGGGUGCUUGGUCUCAUUUGCGUCAUUUGUCUGCCCGAAACGAGGCCGGUUCCGACGGAGGCGGUGGAUGAGUCAGUCGACAUGGCUUCCUCCUCCGGUAAUACAAAGGUCUCAUCACCGCGCAAUUCACUGGGUUGUCGAACGGCCACUUUCUUCCGGAAUCCCAUGUUUAUCCUGGGUUUCUUGAUUGCAUUCCUCGCUGCCUUCGUCCUCUGGGCUGACGUGAAUGUUUCUAUGCUUUAUCUCAUGGGCAAACCCUUCGUUUGGCAGUCCAGUCAAGUUGGACUCUUUAUGGGGUUGCGGAAUGCAAGCAGCGCUAUCGUGACUACCGUCAUCUUCUUGACCAUGAGUCUGUCUGCAAAUUGCUGCUUCAGUAAACCCACUGAAGCCCAGGCCUCUGAGCAGGUUACUCCCUCUGGAGCCGAGGACGAGACAUUCACUGCGUUUUCACGUCUGCCGCCUCGUGAACUCUCCCCGACCACAAAACGUUACAGACGGCGACUUAUCGCCGGCAUUGUCACCACCUUGGGUCUUCUGACCCUCAGUCGCAUUCGCCUUCGCGAAUUGGCCAUCUCUUCACCUGAGAAUGGCUUGGCUAUUGAAGAUGCUAGCUAUAUCCAGUACCUCGUGUUUAGAACCCUUUGA